UGUUAUAACUUUUUGUUGAAAUAUGAAAGCGAUCGCACGAUUUCCGUUUCCAGCUCUUGUGAGGUUUGUUUCGACUUGCCCCGCCCACCAGAGAGCAGCAUGGAGUAAAAAGGCGUCGCAAGAAGAUUUAUCAUACGCCAAGCCGUUUGAGGCUGUACCAGAACCAAACAGUUACCCAGUUAUUGGUACUGCAUUGGAAUAUACGCCUUUAAACAACUUUAACCCUUCGUACGUCGGUGAACACUGGAUUGAAAGGCAUAAGGAAUUGGGACCGAUUUAUAAAGAGAACAUUUUGCCAGGAGUCACUGAAACGAUGGUGUUCACGUCUUCGCCCCAGAACACAGAAAUUAUGUUUCGUAACGAGGAGAGAUGCCCGUUUCGUGACCCGCUGGGUCCUGUAGCAAAAAUACGAGAUGAACGGAACGAGUACCACGGCUUGACUAAUUCUAAUGGGGAAGAUUGGUGGAGGGUCCGCCAAAUCGUGAAUCAACACUUUCUCCAAAACACGGCGGUGUGGAAAUACGCGGAAGCGCAUAGGAAUGUGUCCAAAGAUUUCUUAAAGUUUAUUGACCGAAACAUGGACGAAAAGAAUGAGGUUCCGAAUUUUGGAAAAGCAUUAAACCGUUGGUCCUUUGAAGGAGCAGGCGUUUUUACUUUGAAAAGACGGCUGGGGGCAUUAGACAUAAAGCCAUGCACAGAAAUAGAAGAAAUGAUAAAUUGCAAUGAAAGGAUUUUCCAAUCCAUGGGAGAAUUAUUAUAUGCGUUACCAUUCUGGAAAUAUGUGAAUACCAAAGACAUGAAGAAACUAAGGCAAGCGUUGCAAGAGCAAUACAAUUCCACUGAAACACAUAUUCUAAGAAUACUUAAGGAUAAAGAUAUAUCAAGUGAAGGUAGCAUACUACACAACCAAUGUCUUAGUGAUAGUGAAAAGGUGAUAUUAAUGACUGAGUUCUUAGUAGCUGGUAUUGACACGACAUCAAACAGUGCUGCAUUUCUCUUAUAUGCUCUCGCUUCUAACCAAGAAGCGCAAGAACGACUUAGAGAAGAAGUCAGGGAAGUUAAUAGAAUGGACACAAUUGACGGAAAGUUAUUGCACAACAUGAAGUACUUACAAGCCUGUCUACGUGAAACACAACGUAUGUUUCCAUUUGUUAACUCGUCUCCAAGAAGAUUUCGGAAAGAUCUCGUCCUUUCAGGUUAUCUUAUACCGGCAGGCACCCACAUUCUGAACACAUCAAACACAGUAAACAGCAGGAACCCUGAGUAUUACGACGACCCAAACACUUUUAUUCCUGAACGUUGGUUGGAAACUAAAUCAGUGACGGAAAGACAAAGAGAAAGGUUUAUAAUGUCUGGACCUUUUGGACUUGGUAUGCGAAUGUGUCCUGGUCGGAAAUUCUCCAUUCAAGAAUUACAACUACUUCUGAUCACUCUAUUAUCCAACUAUCGUGUUGAGUAUCAUCAUGACCCCAUAAAAGUCGCAUUUCGUCUCGUCUCUUUCCCAUCCCAAGCCCCCCAGUUCAAGUUCACCAAGCUUAAAAACUGAUCUAAUAUUUGUGGGGUAAUGUGCUAACUCUGGCUUAAAUCCUUGAACCCAUGGCGUGCCUCACUGUGGGACUUUACCCACAAAAAAUAGAACUAACAUUUUAUAAUAGGGAAAUACCAUUUCUUUAAACAUGUACACAUUUUUUCAGACACAAAUUCUUGUAAAACAAAUCUAAAUUUUACGUUUAUUGUUUACUGAUUAAUGCCGUGCAGAAAAAUUGAUCUUUACAUAUUCACCAAACUCUUUAAAACACAGGGGAGGCAGAGAUAGUUAGACACACAUUCCUAUGAAACAAAUUUAGCUUAUUGGUUUUAAUGUUUACUGAUUAAUGCAAUGUAGAAGUUUCUAUGGUAGGAAAAUUCGCCAGUAAAAUAUUUCCAAUAUUUUUUUUGUAAAUUUAUGUUUUUGUCUGUAAAUUUUAUUUUUAUUGAGGGGUGUACGUUAAAAUAUACAUCGGUAAUUCAAUAUUAUUUGCAUAAAUUUGAUGCUUCACUGCAUUGUAUAAAUAUUGAAUAAGGUGUAACUUAUUUGUAAUAAUGAAAAGUAUAUUAAAAGUUGUUUAUUUGUAA